UUUAAUGCUUUGCUACACACAGCUUUGAUAUCUACUUAGCCUAAACUUGUGAUAAAUAAGUGAUAUCUGUAAGGCAUUUCUUGAGUCACAUUGCCCAAACAGAUCACCUUAGCUUUAAAAGCCUGGGUUUUGUCUUUAUAAUCUGAUUUAAAACAUAAUGUACUGCACUGUUUAUUCACACAGCCUUACACUAAUGGAGCAGAGAUGCACCAAGUAUUUUUUUACUGUAUAUUAUUUUGUUGUUUGCUAUGACUUUCUGUUAAUACAAUAAAAUCCAAAUUGAAUUGAGAUGGAAAAAGCAACUGUAUUCCUAACACUUUUCAAAAACAAAGAAGUAUUAUGGUAUCCCAGAACUAACAGUUUUAAUAUGUACUGGGAGCAGGUGAGUGAACAAGCAAGCAAGAUCCUACCAUUUUGUGACUCUUAGCAUUGAAUCAUGACAGUUAAAAUAGUGUCAAACUGCAUGAAUUCUAUAGUGUAGAGAUAUCCUUAGCUAAGUGUGUGAGUGCAAACCUGAAUUUGAUAACAAUACUCAACUGAAAACUCAUUUCAACAGGGUAGUGUAAAUACUCACAUGUGAACUUUAUGCUAAGCUGAGCCAAAUGCUACUCCUGACUUACUGCAAAACCCCGAAGCUUCCUUAAACAGCAAUUCCAUGCUUUGUGGCAAGCAGUUUUAUUUGGAGAAUUGUGCACCUAUCCCCACUCAAAAGCUAGGCACACAAUGAUGAUAACCAUGUUGAGAUCUGCACUUCUGCCCUCAUUGUGCAUCUGGCUAUGGGUGUAUGUGUUACAGGGGCCUCUUUGAUCCCUUCUGUUUAUCAUGAAGCAUAUGAGAAUAGCCAUUAAAGACAGUCCUUAAGGUAAGGAAGGAGGGGGUUUUGAGCACUGCCCAGGGAGGAAGGCAAUACCUAUCUUUCGCAGCUCCUCAAAAAAUGACAUUGCACACAUUUGAGAGAUACUUACUGGUACAUGUGCAGGUGUCCCUAACUGAAUUCCAGAGUAUAAGUAUCACUCCAAAAAUUAAAUAUAUAAUUUCACAGAGUUCCAAGACCAUGAAUUAUGAAUUCCUCAAUUGAUUCAAUUCUGAUUUUAAUUAAUCUCUUCCUAUUCUUUGUUUUCUUUCCCCAGCACUUCAGAUCUUGCCUACAUGUCUCCCUGCCAAAACUUAAAUGGAGCAAAUAAAACCAUGACCACAGAAUUCAUUCUCCUGGGGUUUAGUGGUGGCCAAGGAGUACAGAUUCUAUUACUGCUGCUAUUUUUGGCAAUUUACAUGUUGACAAUCGGUGGGAACCUUCUGAUAAUUCUUCUUAUUGUGUCUGAUCAUCACCUUCACACUCCCAUGUAUUACUUCCUGGGAAACCUGUCUUGCUUGGAAACUUUUUAUAGCUCUGUCAUCCUGCCCAGAAUGCUUUAUAGCCUCUUAACAGGAGACAGGUCUAUUUCAUUGAUAGGUUGCAUCACACAAUUUUAUAUUUUUGGCAUCCUUGUCACAACUGAAUGUUUUCUCUUAGCUGCCAUGUCCUUUGAUCGCUAUCUUGCUAUAUGCAAGCCAUUGCAUUAUACUAACUACAUGAGUGACAGAUUGUGUAUCCAAUUGACUGUUGGCUCCUGGUUAGGUGGGAGUCUAGCAAUCACCAUAACAAUAUCUUUCAUGUCACAGUUAGUCUUUUGUGGCAUGAAUGAGAUAGACCACUUCUUUUGUGAUUUUGGUCCAGUGAUCAAUCUGUCAUGCAGCAACACCAGAAUAAUCGGCACCUUGGUUUUUAUAAUGUCUUCUUUGUGUGCCUUUCCACCUUUUCUAUUGACUUGGGCAUCCUAUGUUUGUAUCAUUAUCUCAGUUUUGAGAGUCCCAUCAAUCUCUGGAAGGCAGAAAGCUUUCUCUACUUGUUCCUCUCACCUGGUUGUGGUGACUGUUUUUUAUGGAACUCUGAUUAUUGUCUAUGUCGUACCAAAGGCAAACAGCUUGAGAGAACUAAACAAAGUUUUUUCUCUUUUGUACACUAUAUUGACUCCUCUUGUCAACCCUCUUGUGUAUAGUCUAAAAAACAAAGAUGUUCAGGAGGCACUGAAAAAAAUUCCUACAAAACUUGCAUUUCUUGCUGGAUUCAGGAAUACACAACUGUAAAUUUGAUAAUAUGAAUUAAUGGCUUAGGAAAUUUCUAUUUAUCCCUUUUGCAAUAAUGACAAACAAUAAAGCUUAUGGUGGUGAGUGAGGAAGAGAUUAUGAUGAAAAAAAUUAACACAGUGGGACGUGUUUGAUUAAUAUCUUCCAGUAAGUGUGUUAUGUGCCAUUCAUGAUAUCAAUAAUUUGGAACUUGGCAAUCAAAUCCCAUUAUGUUUGUAAAAAGAGGGGAGGGAAUAUUGACAAAGAACAAAAAAGGAAAGGGGGAAAUGAUCCAAAAAUUCAGUUAUCAGUAAUAUGGUAAUCUAUUACAGCUGAAGACAAUGAACUGGAAAUAUCCAUAUGUACACUCAUUACCUUUGUCUCUUUUUUCACCAAAAAUUAGCAAAGCUUCUUUUGAAAGCAUUGCCACUGAUUACUCUGGUUGUGUGGGAUUUUGAGAGUUUCAAUCUAUAUAGCAAAAUGAGUGAGAUACUCAAAAGCCCUUUGACCCAAUCAUAGCAUCUUUAUAAUUCUUUUUACUAUAUAUUUGUCUCUUUCUGACCUCAGUUAUAUUUCACCCAGAAGGUAUUACUUGCAUCAUAUUAGUGACAUACUCUUAAACCAUAACACUAAUGGCUGCAUCCUAAUUGUGACGUAUUCUGAAACCAUAACACAGGCAACAAAGGAAUGGGUACAAACAUAAUUUCAAAACCCGGAUUUCCCUAUACAUUAACCAUUAGUUAUUGGGAUAAAACUUCUCCCAACCUCCAACUAAGAAUUUGGCAUUUUAAGCUCUACAUAUACACUGAAAUCUGAGGUCAGUUCAGAGAGGAAUAGUCUAAGUUGGU